CGCAGGAAACAAGAUCAUGGCCGGAGGAUUAUUUCAAGCGGGAAUAUCCGAAGGACAAUCCACUACUCGUCCUCCACUCUUUGACGGCACAAACUUUGCAUAUUGGAAGGAAAGAAUGCGAAUCUUUGUUCAAUCCAAUGAUUACGAAUCAUGGAUGGUCAUCAAGUAUGGAGACACAUCUCCCUACAAGAUCGUUGAUGGAGUACGAGUGCCCAAGUUGGAAUCCGAGUAUGAUGAAACGGAUAAAAAGAAUGUGAUGCAAAAUUCCAAAGCCAUCAACUAUCUUUAUUGUGCGGUCAAUCCGGAUGAUUACAGAAAGAUUUUACGAUGGAAAACCGCAAAUGAAAUGUGGAACAAGCUAGAAGUAACUUAUGAAGGUACUACUCAAGUGAAGGAUGCUAAAGUUGAUUUAUUGCUUCAUGAGUAUGAAUUAUUCUCAAUGAAAGAGAAUGAAUGUGUUGAUAGUUAUUUUGAGAGAUUCUCAAAUAUUAUCAAUAAUCUUGACACUCUCGGAAGGCACUACACGGAUAAUGAGUUAGUUCGGAAAAUCUUACGGUGUAUGACUCCUGAGUGGAAAUCCGAGGUUAGAGCCAUUAGUGAAGGAAGGGACUACAACACCUUGACCUAUGACACUCUACGGGGAAAGCUACUUGCCUAUGAAUCUUCUACGUUUUAUCCUCCGGGAGACAACAAACAAAAGAAGUCCAUUGCUCUAAAAUCCACCAAGGAGAUUGAAGAGGAAAAUCAAAAUGAAGAGUCAAGUGAUGUAGAAGACAAUCCCGAACUUGCUCUUGUUAUCAAACGCUUCAACAAAUUUGUCAAGAAAAAUUUCAAGACUAGAAGGGACAAAUCAAAGAAGGCAACACCACCCAAAUGCUAUGAAUGUGGUGAAUUGGGACAUAUCAAGCCCUAUUGUUCAACAUUGAAGCAAGACAAGGACAAGAAGAACAAGAAGAAACAAAAAGCUUAUAUUUCUUGGAAUAAUAGUGGAUCAUCCUCCGAAGCAAGUGAUGAUGAGGAAGAAACGGCAAAUCUUUGUCUCAUGGCAAUAGAGGAUGAGGUUUUGAUAAUGACAAAAGGGUGACAAAACAUCAUCAUCAUUUUGUGCAUCAAGGCUAAGAAUCAAAGCUACAAGAAGUUCAAAUCCGUCCGUGAAGAAGGGACUUGAGCAUCGGUGGAAGGAACGAGACCGAAGAGGUUGUUUCCUUAGUUGGGUAGUGUUUCAGGUCUUAGAUUAUGUGUUAAAGAGUAUGGCAUCUCUAAGGUUCAUUCCCUUAUCAUCCUACCUUUAAAACACAUUUUUUUUCCAGAAAACUGUUCGAAUAAAUUGAAAACUAUUCG